AUGUGGCUUUCACGGACACGACGUCUGAUUGGUGACGCUGCUAAAAAUCAGUUGGCAAUGAAUCCGUCGAACACUGUUGACGCGAAACGCUUGAUUGGUCGUAAAUUCGAUGACCCUGCAUUUCAAUCGGACAUGAAACAUCGGCCGUCCAAGGUUAUCCAAGGAGAAGGUGCUCAUCCAAAAAUCCAAGUGGAGGUUAAAGGAGAAAUGAAGGCGUUCUUCCCUGAGGAAGUCUCCGCCAUGGUUUUGACUAAAAUGAAGGAAACGGCUGAGGCGUUUUUGGGACAAACCGUUAAAGACGCUGUCAUCACUGUGCCUGCGUACUUCAACGACAGUCAACGCCAAGCCACAAAGGAUGCUGGAACGAUUUCUGGACUUAAUGUUUUGCGUAUCAUUAACGAGCCAACUGCUGCGGCCAUUGCUUAUGGUUUGGAUAAGAAGGGUCAAGGCGAGCGAAAUGUUCUGAUUUUUGACUUGGGCGGUGGAACGUUUGAUGUGUCAAUCUUGACUAUUGAAGAUGGUAUUUUUGAGGUUAAGUCGACUGCUGGAGACACUCACCUUGGAGGCGAAAACUUUGACAAUCGAAUGGUCAACCAUUUUGUUGCUGAGUUCAAACGUAAGCACAAGAAGGACCUUACCACCAAUCCUCGUGCUCUCCGUCGUCUUCGUACUGUUUGUGAACGCGCUAAGAGGACUUUGUCUAGCUCUACUCAAGCGAGCAUUGAGAUUGACUCUCUCUUUGAUGGAAUCGAUUUCUACACCAACAUCACUCGAGCACGUUUUGAAGAGCUUUGCGCCGAUUUGUUCCGCAGUACUAUGGAUCCAGUUGAGAAAUCAAUUCGUGAUGCUAAGAUGGACAAGUCUCAGAUUCAUGACAUUGUUUUGGUUGGAGGCUCGAAUCGAAAUCCAAAAGUCCAGAAGCUUCUGUCUGACUUCUUUUCUGGCAAAGAACUUAACAUGAGCAUCAACCCGGACGAAGCUGUCGCCUAUGGAGCUGCAGUUCAGGCUGCAAUUUUGUCUGGCGAUAAGUCUGAGAAUGUUCAGGAUCUUCUUCUUUUGGACGUUGUCCCACUCUCGUUGGGAAUUGAAACUGCUGGAGGUGUCAUGACUCCGUUAAUGAAGAGAAACACGACUAUUCCAACCAAGACUUCUCAAACGUUCACUACCUAUUCUGACAACCAGCCUGGUGUUCUUAUUCAGAUCUAUGAAGGUGAACGUGCUAUGACUAAGGACAACAACUUGUUGGCCAAGUUUGAGAUGAGUGGAAUUUCUCCUGCUCCUCGUGGUGUUCCUCAAAUCGAAGUCACUUUUGAAAUUGACGCCAAUGGAAUUUUGAAUGUUUCUGCGCAAGACAAAUCGACUGGAAAGCAAAACAAGAUCACCAUCACUAAUGACAAGGGACUUCUUUCCUAA